AUGGAGGACAACAAGCUCAACUACACACUGUGGAACUACAACCCAAAUAACAGAGUUGCGUACGGCGACGGGUGGAACAAUGAGGAUUUCUCCGUCAUCAAUGGCGAUGAGGUCAGCGAUAAUGGUCCUGUACGACCUGACUACCGGAAUCAUCUUCACGAGCAUGACGAGCUUUACAAAGGCGGUCGUAUCCUCGACGUGAUCAUCAGGCCAUAUGCUGUAAAAACAGCCGGUAUUCCCAAAAAGUCCAACUGGAACCAUAAAUCACUACGCUUCGAAUAUGAGUGGACCAGCACCGCGACUAAAGAACCUGUCGAUGAGAAGACGCACCUCACUGAGAUUUUCAUCCCGGGGUAUCACUACGACGCACACAAGCUACGUGUCCAGGGAGCGAACGUGGAAUGGACGUACGACAAGCCUCGUCAGACGCUAUACGUGCGCAGCAGUUUGGCUGGGUACCACAGCAUUAUCGUGGCUAUUGAGAAUGAGGCACAGCAUCUUCUUGAAAGGGGACGACGACGAAGGGAGUUGUAUCCUCCUCAAUUCCCAUUCAACUUGGUUUCUGCAGGUGUAGAGGACUUGAUAGAGGAUGUUGACUGGUCUAAGAUGUUUACAUACUUGCCAGUUGUUAUUGUUCUUUUGAUUGCUUUUCUCAUGAGUCCUUUGAUCUCGUGGUUGCCUUAG